AUGAAGACGCUGCCUCAGCCCUGUCAGCCAGACUCAAGGUCAAAGGCCAUCGCUACAGCAAUGGAGUGCUUCAAUGAACUGCUCCUUAAACUGCAGGAGGUUCGCGAAAGAGAAGUGGAGAGUUGGCAAUUGAAAGUCCAGGAGCUGUCCAACAAGAAAGGCUGUGAUACUAAGCGAAUGGAAGAACUGUUCACCAGAAACCAGCAGAUGAAGGAACAGCACAGAUUACUCACAGAGAACAUAAAGACACUGGAAAACAGGCUGAGAGCGGGGCUGUGUGACAGGUGUACAGUGACUCAGGAGGUAGCCAGCAGAAGACAGCAGGAAUUUGAAGCGUCACAGAUGCAGAGCUUGCAGCACAUCUCUCGAAUGGUGGGAGAGAUGAACAACCUGAAAAGGGAGAACAAGAGAUUCAGAGAUGAAAUCAGGAGUUUGAAAACAACAUUAGAAGGUCACAGUGAUCACUCCUCAAGCAGCAGCACCUUCACAGAGAUCAAACCAACGAGCUCCCCGGACUUUUUGCCCUCUUCUGGACCUGAGGCACUCAUCACUGCAGCAACCAGCAGGGCCAGCAACCAGCCAUCAGACAGUGACAUUGGGAAGAAACCUGAAAGGGACCAAAGAGCAGAGGGAGGCAUACAAACCCCUUACAUUGCCAACUCUUGCACCGCCACCAUGGAAUGCAGAACACAAUGUGACCCGUGCUGGAGAAAGGAGGUGAGCCUGAUAGACAAAGGAGAUAGCAAAAUAGGAACUCAGAGUAUGGAAGGACUGGACCCGCGAACACAAAACGCUCCUCAAGCUCUCCUUCCUAAAACAGCUUCUUCUCCCACCGGUGAAGUCAUCCCCAGUAGACAUGUGCUCCACACUCCUGUCCCCUGCCGGCCUCAACCAAUCAAGAGUAGUGCUCUUACUCUCCCCUGGCCCUUAUCUGAAUCCUCUGACUGGGCUUCUUUGGCAGCAGCAAGAGCCAGCCAGUUGAUGCAACCUUCUUCAGAACCAAAUCCGCCACGCUAUCCCAACCUUAUCCCAAAUAGCCAACAUGCUAGUCCUAGAAGGCCGGCUUUUGGGCCUCCCUGGCCCAAACACAGCAACAAUCCACCCCCAGUAAAAGAGCCAACUGUGGUGUUAAGGUUCAGGAAUUUGUCAGACCACCCAGAGGGUCAAAUUAAGCCCCAGGAAAAGAAGGACAUUCAGCCAAUUAAGAAUGAGAGUGUCUCUGGAGAAGUGCUUAAGGAGAUGCAUGAAGGGCCUCUGGACCUUUCAGAUCGAGGAAAGUCUAAAUCCGGCCAAACGUCAAGAGAUGAUUCACCCUUAAACUUACAAGGUGGAGAGAGAGUACGGAUGAGCCCUGACAAUGCACUGAAAACAAAUACACUUGCACAUGUACCAGUUUCCUCACCUCUACCUGUCUACCCAUCCUCCUCUUCUAAACCACCAGUCAAACAACAAGAGGAAGAACCAACCAGUGAGCACAACCACAAGGUAAUUUUCGAAAUAGACAUACAAUUUAAAGACAAAGAAAGGGAGGUGAAUGGAAAGACAGAACAGUCCAAUGAAAAGAAGGUGCCUGUCCUCACCAUAUCUUUACGUCCAGUUGUAGUGCUGGAGACUCUGAAUUCUGCCCUGCAAAAGCAAGAAUCCAUGUUGUCAAAUGGCAAGUCGUCAUCACCAGCAGCUGAACCAGGAAGCAGUUCAGACGAGGAUGAGGAGGUGGGGGGCCAGGGCUGCAAGAGGAAGAGGGCAUCUUUGGAAACCGACUCAGACACAGACAACCUUCAGUACGGAAGAAACCGAGGAGGGGAGUCCCACCAAAAGAAGAUGACGUCACAUUGA